AUCGCCAUGACACUAUCGGAACACUGCGCGCCGAUUGUGUCAAGCUGUUAUCAAUAAAAAUCCCCAAAACAAGUUUGUCAACAAUGUCAAUAGUUAUUGAAAACACCAGUACAAACUGAUAGCAUCUAUAAAGAAUAAAAAGUGCAAAAUGAGUGCUGAAGAUGUUAAAGUUGAAAAACCCAAGGACGUUUUCCCCAUCCGCCAUGUUCAGACCAUGAUGAUGUUCUUCGCUCUGGUGAUCUGCUACAGUAUGAGAGUCAACAUGAGCAUCGCUAUAGUUGUUAUGACAGAUAAAACGCUUGACAAUUCCUUUGACUGGAGCAUGCAGACUCAAAGCGUGAUCCUGUCGUCAUUCUUCUGGGGCUACAUCGUGCUCCAGAUCCCCGCUGGUGAGAUGGCUGCCAAGUUCGGAGGAAUGAUCCUCGUCACUAUUGCCAUCUCUGUCAACGCUCUAGUAUCACUCGCAGUGCCUCUGGCUGCUUAUUAUGGUGGCUGGCAGAUGGUGUGCGCGUGUCGCGUCAUUCAAGGUCUAGCUCAAGGCUUUGUGGUACCUUCAAUAUACAAUCUGAUUGGCAAGUGGACUCCAAUAGAUGAGAAGAGUCGGACUGGUGCUGUGAUUAAUUCAGGAUCUCAACUUGGCAACGCUAUUCAGCUAUUAAUAUCAGGCUUCAUAGCAGACGCUUGGGGCUGGCCAGCCAUUUUCUACGUGAAUGGGGUAGUAGGGGCUGUGUGGGUGGUGCUUUAUAUCAUCCUGGGAUCGGACUCACCCCAGAAAUCAAAAUUAAUCAGUGCAGAAGAGCGUUUGUAUAUACAGACGUCUUUGGGACAGGUUGGAGGACAAAAGAAAUUGAAAACUCCAUGGAAAGCGAUUUGGACAUCAAUUCCCUUCAUAUCACUGAUCGUGCUCCACUGCAGCCAAAACUGGGGCUACUGGACUCUUAUGACGGAGAUGCCGUCAUACAUGAAGAAAGUGCUUGACGUAGACAUUAAAGCGAAUGGCGUGAUGUCAGCGUUACCCUACUUGGCUGUGUAUUUCCUAAGUUUCCCGUUCGGCUACCUCUCCGAUUACCUUCCCAAUAAGAAGUACCUUAGCGUCACUGCGACCAGGAAACUUUCCAAUUCUAUAGGUUUCUACGGUCCAGCCAUCGCUCUGGUUGGGUUAUCGUAUGUACCAGCUGGAAACGUGACCUUGGCAGUUGUACUACUCACCAUCGUAGUGGGACUCAACGUCGGCCAUCUUACUGGAUUAAUGCUGGUGCACCUUGACAUGGCUCCUAACUACGUGGGUACACUGCUGGGUAUCACCAACAUGGCAGCAAACAUCAUAUCCAUCAUUGCGCCUCUGGUGGCUGGAGUGGUUUUGCAAGAUGAGACGGAUCCAAACGAAUGGCGUAAAGUUUUCUACAUAGCGUCUGCAGUAUACAUUGCGGGGAACACAUUUUAUCUCAUUUUUGGCACAAGUGAAAGGCAGAAAUGGAACGAACCACCGGAGAAUGAAAAUGGUGAAAUAUCUGCCAAAAGUGCUGACAAAGAAGUUUGAAGAGGUGUAAUAUUUUAUCAAUAAAAUUUAUGUAAAUAAUUAUUUCCC